CAGCUCUGCUUUGGUGUCUGUUGCUCGUUUACUCUGCUGUCGACCGUGACAGGAUCCGAAGAUAAAACAGCUUCUGAAGGAAAUUUUUACACGGCGAGGGAAGAUGGCUGCUCCCCUGAUGAGUCAUCUCCUCUUCCUAGUCUUCAUAUCUGCGCUUGGACUCGCACAAAGCCGAGAGGUCGGGAUCAGCCCAGAAUCAGACGGAUCUCGGCCCAUUUCCGGCUGUGGCAACCCGAGCCGGAGUUUGGCGGAUCUGCUGCGUCGGCGGAAGGGAUUCGGGUCAUUUUCCAGUCAAGGGCAGAGGUCUAGCGAAGUGUACCAGCCCUGUGCGAAGUGGUCGGGACAGGAACCGCGUAUUUUGGCUGACCUCCUCCCGCUGUUACUUUCCUCAGGGACAGCCCGCCAAAUUCUCUUAAUCCACGACCUGUCUGCACCUGAUAUUUCUCCCACCGUUCGAGUCGCUUAUGAACAAUGGUAUGACGUCACAAUCAUCAGUUUCAAAAGUGCUGAGAGGUUUUUCGAAUUAAUCGUGAGGGCGCUCUCCCACGUGGCGGAGAAGCGCAUCGCGAUCGUCUUCUGUUCUGUCGAAAACACCGUCGCCAUCUUCGAAGCUAUCAGAGAGAGGGACCUGGAAUCUCCCAAGAUCCAGUGGUUUGUGGUCAUGAAAGAGAAUUUGACCUUUGACCUGACCACUGUGUUGAGAGAAGGAGCGCAGAUAACAUUAGCUGUUCCGACUACCUCGAACUCUUACCGUCUAUCAACCUCGUUUGUCGACGUGAAAAACGAAAUUGGGUUCGCAUACGCCGGUCACGUGACCUGGAACGACGGAACGGGCAAGAUGACCUUAUUUCUCGCCACCUCCUUGACCUCGGACCUCGAACGGGUCUACGCUGACUUCGGAGGGCGGCAACUGAAGGGCGCCGUCGUCUCCAACUUUCCUUUCUUUCAAGUCACGCCCCUGGAUACCUUCGACGGCCCUUAUCAAGAAGCUGCCCCGGUCUCUGGCAUCGAUUUCAGGGUUAUUGAUACCAUCGCGUCAAAGUUGAAUUUCACAUACAAGCUCCUCGUGGCUGACAGCUGGGGCGGACCGCAGGCUGAUGGCGGAUCGAUCACAGGUAUGAUUGGCAUGGUGUCUCGGAGGGAAGCUGAGUUUGCCAUCGACGAAAUAACUAUCACAGGAGCCCGCGAAGCCGUGUUGGAUUUCACCAAGCCGUAUUUCAUGGAGUCCGUCACGAUUGUCAGCCGAGCGCCCGCCGAGAAAAGCCGGGCGGUGGCUGUGUUCUCGCCCUUUACGCCCGGAGUACGUUAAGUACUUGUAUUUAUAUUCGUCUACCUGUCUCUCUAUCUAUUCGUCAAUUGAUAUCAGAGAUGGACUGAUGAUUAAGUUAACAGUGCCUGUUUAGGGCUCCC